AUGGUGAUGAGUAAUGACGGCUCUUCCUCUGGAGAAGAGCGUGAAGCUCCUGAAGUAACGCAGGCGUGCUUCCCUGUGACUCCGACGCCACUUCCACCUGCUUCCAUAGAAGCUAUCAUGGCGCGCCUUGCGCAGCAAGAUGCAGCCCAGAAAGCGGCGACAGACCAAAUCGCGGCGCUCGCAAAGAUCUUAGCUCCUCUCGCUGCGAACGUGGAAGCCUCGACGGCGCAAUACCCAAGACAUCUGUUUAACACAGAGAGAGCGACUGGCGAAGCACCGACGCAAGCUGCCGACCAAGACGUCGACGACGACGAGGCCCAAACCCCUGGGGGUCUUAACGCGCAAACAAUAAACAAGCUCGCCGCGUUGAAACAGUCGGUUCUCGAUAUAAACUCCAAGAUUCAUCACGUAACUACGUCCGCUCCCCAGAUCGAGUGGGUCCUCGCAGAGUCUCUCCGGACACCGUUCACUGAGAAAAUAACGAAGGUUCGCCUCCGAAAGAUGGAAAAGCUCCGCCUUCCGACCUUCGACGGUGUUUCCGACCCUUCUGCUCAUGUUACAUCUUUAAAUAUCGCGAUGCGACGCGCGAACCUUUCUGAUGAAGAAAAAGAUGCUUGUUUUUGUCAACUUUUUGUCGAAACCCUAGAGGGCAUCGCUCUUAACUGGUUCACCGGCCUUCAGGAGAACUCCGUCGAUAGUUUUCACGACCUCUCAAUGGCUUUCCUCAAAAAUUACAUGUUCACUCGACAGGAGGCCCCCGCCACGGAUCUCUGGAAUCUCAACCAUGCAAACGGGCAAAGCUUGAGGGAUUUUAUGGAAAAGUUCAAAUCUAUUGUCUCGAAAGUCGACGUACCGGACCACAUAGCCGUGGAGUCAUUGAUGAACACCCUCCAUAUUAAGUCGCCAUUCCGGGCUGACCUCUACCGACACCCAACGAGAUCGGUACAGGAUGCAAUCGCUCGAUCCAACAACUGCAUUCGAAUGGAGGAGGAUACCAGAGCUAGGGCGGCAAAAGAAGCAGCGGGAAAACAGACUCCCGCCCGGACGAACGACGCUCGUCAUGAACCACGCCAACAUUCUACAGGUGGCAAGCCCAACCAGAAGAAGGGUAAUAUGAACGCUGUGGACGAUGCUGAACCCUCAGGCUCCGCCAUUGUGGUGCGAGAGAAGGGAUGGAAUCAUUGGGAUCGAGAAACCAACCAGCAGAAGUCUAGUUCUCCCGAACCAACAAGCUCAAAGAAGAAGAUUCAGAAGUCUCAAGCAAAAGCCCCUCAGAAAGAAGAGCAAGCUAAUCCAGAGCGAGCCACAGUAAACAAUCUCAACCUCGAAGGUGAAUCAAUUGAUGAAGAACCACCUAAGAACCGGCAACGGGUGGAAAUGAUACUCCCUCGACAGGCUGAUUCCUCGGAUGACGAAAUUCCGCCGGUACCGAGGGACUUGCGCAAAAAAUUGGGCAGAAAAACGGAUUCCAAGGACUUACGCACCUUUCUGAAGCGGAAGGCCGAAAUGGUACAAAAGAACGAGGCGGACCUCAGGACGACCCUUGACGAGUCUAAAGCAAGAAAGAUUACCCGCAUCGGAGCUGCUCCACACCUUCAACCUCAACUUGCAGAUUUACGUGAGCAGAUCAACUCCAAAGCCGAAGACUUGCGCGUCAAGCUUAGUCAGCCCAAGAAACAUGAUUUACGACCGUGCCUCGAAGCGAAACGACAACCGCAACGAGAAUUGAUGAAAGCUACGAACACCCCACGCCUCAACGUCAUAAUGGGUGGUUCAUCUCCUUGCGGGGACUCGGUAAGAGCAGUUAAAGAUUAUAGACGACAAGCCGUCACCGCCCAAAAGUGGCCUUCUCAAGUCGAAGCAGACCAUCAAAUCUCCUUCUCGGCGGCCGACACUCACGGCAUCAGCAUGCCGCAUAACGACCCGCUCCUAAUCGAUAUUGGAAUUGGCGAAUGCCAGGUCACAAAGGUUCUCGUUGACACGGGCAGCUCAGUCGACCUUAUCUUUCGGGACACGCUCGACAAAAUGGGGAUCGACCUACGUGACAUGAAGCCCUCUUCACGCACUCUCAUGGGAUUCAAUGGCUCCUCAGAACAGAUGAUUGGGACAAUUCGUCUCCCAAUUUACGCAGGUGAUGUGACCCGCACUGUUAAGUUCUCUGUUAUCCGGGCUAAGGCCCCCUACAACGCAAUCCUCGGUACGCCUUGGUUACACUCUAUGAAAUCCAUUCCCUCCACCUAUCACCAAUGCGUUAAGUUUCCUGGGAAAGAUGGAACGACGCAGACGAUCCGCGGGGAUCAACGGGCUGCGAGAGAGCUACUUGUCGCCGCGGUCAAGCUACAACAAUCACCUUCUCUCGUCAACGCGGUCACCAAACCAAUACAUAAGAUCUACCCUCAGAAGGAAGAAAUCCGCGAGGUUCCCAUUGAUGAAGCUGACCCAUCGAAGGUCGUGCGCAUUGGCGCUUAUCUCUCUGACGAAAUGAAGUCACUAAUCAUUUCUUUCCUCAAAAAGAAUGCCUCAACCUUUGCAUGGGUAACUUCUGAUAUGAAAGGAAUCGACCCCGCAAUAGCAUCUCACGAAUUAAACGUUGAUCCGAUGUUCAAGCCUAUUCGACAGAAGAGGCGGAAGCUCGGACCCGAACGGUCCAAACCAGUGAUUGAGGAAGUUGACAGGUUGCUCGACGCAGGUUUCAUCGCUGAGGUACGGUACCCAGAGUGGCUAGCUAACCCUGUCGUCGUAAAAAAGAAAAACAGGAAGUGGCACAUUUGUGUUGACUUCAGGGAUUUGAACAAAGCCUGUCCAAAAGACAGCUACCCUCUCCCGCAUAUCGACCGUCUGGUAGAGUCGACUGCCGGCAAUGAGCUCCUAACCUUUACGAACAGAGGGACGUAUUGCUACAAGGUCAUGUCUUUCGGCCUAAAGAACGCAUGA